GUGAUCAUGAAUAAGACACAGGUAUCCACAGUGACGUAUUUUGUCUUACUGGGCUUCCCCGGGCCCUGGAAGAUCCAAAUCACACUUUUCUCACUGAUUCUGCUGGUCUACUCGAUGACUUUAACUGGGAACAUGGCCAUCAUUUGUGCAGUGAGAUGGAACCACCAACUCCAUACCCCUAUGUAUAUGUUCCUGGCCAACUUCUCCUUCCUAGAAAUCUGGUACGUGACCUGCACAGUCCCCAACAUGCUGGUCCACUUUCUUUCCGAAUCUAAGAUUAUUUCCUUCCCUGGCUGCUUUACUCAGUUCUACUUCUUCUUCUCCCUGGGCAUAACCGAGUGUUUCUUCCUCUGCGCCAUGGCGUACAAUCGGUACCUAGCCAUCUGCUUCCCAUUGCAUUAUCCUUCCAUCAUGACCAGGCAAUUCUGUGUCACUCUGGUUUCCCUCUGCUGGAUCAUUGGUUUCUCUGGACAUUUGAUACCCAUUUUUUUCAUUUCUCAGCUGUCUUUCUGUGGUCCCAACAUCAUUGAUCAUUUUUUGUGUGAUGUGGACCCACUAAUGGCUCUGUCCUGUACUCCUACAGCCACCAUAAGGCGUGUCUUCUACUCCGGCAGCACUCUUAUCAUUGUCCUCACUAGUUUGUACAUCCUUGGAUCCUAUACCCUGGUGCUCAGAGCCGUCCUGAGGGUCCCUUCUUCUGAGGGACGGCAAAAGGCCUUCUCGACCUGUGGAUCCCACCUGCUGGUAGUGUCUCUGUUCUAUGGAACCAUAAUGGUGAUGUAUGUGAUUCCCACUUCUGGCAACUCAGCUGCGAUGCAUAAAAUUAUCACGCUGAUAUACUCUGUGGUGACACCAGCUUUAAAUCCUUUCAUCUAUAGCCUCCGUAACAAGGACAUGAAAUACGCACUCCAACAUGUCUUCUUUGGAAAGAGGAUUAGGGGAAACUCAUAA